UUUCCUACGUACUAUUGCAUUACGAUUAAUUCGGAAUUGCACGGACGUAAUUCGAUAAAAUUAUCGCACAAUCGUGUAUUUAAAUUGGAAAUUGGAAAGCCAACUUGGAAUGUCUACAAGGCUUGGUGGUUGUACUUUCACCAUUACACCGACAGACCGGCCAGUUGGGAUUGGAAUGCCGUAAAAUUAUACGUAACCUACCAACUGAAAAGCUACAGGCUACUACGCGCCCCGUACGCGACCAAUUGCAAAGAUUACCAUGCUCAAACUCAAUUUCAAUCGCGCAGAGAUUGUGUGCGAAAGUGCAUAAUCAACGUAGGUUUCGAAAAGUGCGGCGCCUACCCGUACUACGUGGACAUUUAUAAUCUUAAGAUAUCUACGGUUAAAUAUACCUCU